UUUUUUAUAAACCCCCAAAAAAAACAGAACUUAACCUCGAAGUCUUAGCACUUCCACUAACUUUGGUCUUUUAAUCGUAUUUUCAAACCAUCUUUCAUCACCAACCUAAAGUACAACUCACUUUCUCUCUAAUGGUGGAAACAACAAGAAGCUCGAAGAAAACAACUCAAUCGGGUGACAAAAAAGAUCAAAACCCUAGAAAAUUCUACUCUCGAUUCCUCUUUAAAGCCCUAAUCCUCGCCCUUUUAUGCUCCCUCGUACCAGUCUUCCUUUCUCAGACGCCUGAGCUCGCUAAUCAAACCAGACUCCUCGAGCUUCUCCAUAUGAUUUUCGUCGGCAUCGCCGUCUCCUACGGCCUCUUCAGCCGCCGGAACUACGAAGGAGGAGGAGAAAGCAAUAACAAUACUAAUAACCCUCAUCCCUAUGUGCCUAAGAUUCUCGAAGUAUCAUCCUCUGUUUUCAACGUGGAUCAUCACGAGAGUGGAUCCGAUGAUUCCUCCCUCGACAACCACCACCACCACCACCGUAGGAUUCAGACAUGGAGGAACAAGUACCAGACGAAAAUUCCAGAGACCGUUCUCUCUACUUCAGGUGUCAGAGAAAAGCCUCUGCUUUUGCCUGUUCGAAGCUUGAACUACUCUCGCGGUUCUGAUUCCGGCAGAUGGGAGAGUGUGAGAUCAAAGAGACAGCUCUUGAAGACUCUCGUUGAUGAUAACAGCAGCGAUGCGCUUCCUUCUCCGAUUCCGUGGAGGUCAAGAUCAUCGUCGAUGGAGAUUGAAUCUCAGCCGUUGAUCAAGACUCCGGCGAAUCUGACGUCAUCUUCCUCUUCUUCAACGCCUUUACCUAAGCUUACAUCUGAGUCUGGAGCUGAGGACACCGUGAGGAAGAAGGAGUUUCACCCGUCACCGUCACCUCCUCCUCCUCCGCCACCGCCGCCGUUGCCGGCGUUUUAUAACUCGGCGCCGAGAAAGGAUUAUCCUCCUCCCCGAAGCUACAGAGAAUCAGUUCAGAAGAAGAAUUAUACUCCUCCACCGCCUCCGCCACCACCACCUCCGAUGGACUACUAUAAGUCGCCUCCGAGUAAACUCAGAGUAAGCAGCGAACGGAGAAAACUGUCGGAGCAAAAGAUGAAACUCGAUGAACGUUCAGCGACAAGAAACUCUCCUACAAAAGUCUGGUGGUCUGAUCCAAUCGCGGAAACGAAAGAAGAUAUCAGAGAAGACAUGAACAGGAAUGAUAGAAGAAGUUUCGUGGGGAGCAAGGCAACUGAAGAAUCCGAGGAUAAAGAAGAUAUGAUAACAGAAAAUGUAAUCCACGAAGAUGGUGAACAUAGUGAGAAGAAGAUAGAAGAGGAAAUAAAUUGUGGGAACAUCAGUGACGUGGACAAGAAGGCUGAUGAGUUCAUUGCAAAGUUCAGAGAACAGAUUAGGUUACAAAGAAUCGAAUCCAUCAAGAGAUCUGCUUGUAAGAUCUCUGCAAAUUCAUCGAGGUAGAGAACGUAUUGAAUGUUCUAAUUACAGACAAAAUAAAUAACAUUUUUCAGUUUACUCUGCUUGUCUUCAUAAACUUGUAAAAGACUUUUGUGUUAUAGUUAUUCAGGCUGAAAAAGAUAGCAACUGGAAUGCUGAUUUAUGUGAAUAAAAACUCAGAUUGAUUAUA